ACACCACAUAAUAAAAAGAAAACAAAAAAAUACUGACUCUAUAAAGUUUGACAUAUCUACCAAAAGUAGAUGAAUUCCUCUCUCAAAAACACAGUAGCAUCCUUUCAUGGAGAGACCCCACUCUCUCCUUUUUCCUUUUUCUAGUGCCAAAAACUGACCUCCAUCCUUCUGCCCUUCCUUUUCGCUCUCUCCACUUUUCUUCUCCCUACAAACCCUAAUUUCUUCCUCCCACCGAAGCCAACUGUUUUGAAGUUUUUGCUGUUGGAUUUUUCUGAUAAGUAAAGAGAAAAAAUCCAAUGGAAUCAGCGAAUAGUGGGAGCCUACAAUCAUCCAGCGGCGGCGACGACGAGUACGACUCACGCGCCGCCGACUCCGUCUUCAUCACCAGCAGCAACAACGCGGCGGCGGCGCAGCAGCUGCUGGAGAUAGAUCUCCAGCAGCUGCACCAAAAUUCGAUUCCAUUUUCUACCAAUCUGCCGUGGCCCAACCCGAUCGGGCCCCACUCGAUUUUCCCCUUCGCGGCGGCGGAGGGCGGCGCCGCCGCCGCGCAGCCGAUCGUUCAGCAAUCGGCGGCGCGUAACCCGAAGAAGCGGUCCCGGGCGUCGAGGCGAGCGCCGACGACCGUGCUGACCACGGACACCACCAAUUUCAGAGCCAUGGUGCAGGAAUUCACCGGAAUUCCGUCGCCUCCUUUCAACACUUCCUCUUCUUUCCAGAGGAGCCGCCUCGAUUUCUUCGCCUCCAGAUCCGCACAGCCUCCGCCCUACCUCCGCCGUCGCCCCUCCGCCACCGCAAUCAACAACCACCUCCCAAAUCUCUUCAACAUUCCAAAUCAAAAUCAAAAUCAAAACAAUCUGACGUCUCUCAUCCAAACAAGCCCCAAAUUUCCGUUUUCCACGUCAGCAAAACCCCAAAACUCAUUUGAUCUUAUCCAAAACGACGAUCAAUUCGGUGUUAGCCUUCACAAUCAGGGAUCGGAAACCCUCCCCGGCCUUCUUCCCAGCCUCAUCCCCUCCGAUCACAGCCACAUCCACAGCGGCGGCGCGGCGAAGUGGGAAAUUGGAGGGAAAAUCAGCUACGAAUUCGAGAGAAGCGAAAUUGGAGGGAAAAUCAACACGCCGGAGAACAACAUCGCCGCCGCGGCAACGAGGGGAGAAGGUAUGGUGGAAUCGUGGAUUUGUUCAUCGGAGUAGUAGGCAUGAUUGUAGUGUAGAAAAGUGUGGUGGUGGAGCAAUGAUGAAAUAUGAUGAUGAUGAUGAUGAUGAUGAUUCAAAUAAUGAAAGAGAGUAGAGUGAUAUUUCAUCAUCAUUUUUAACCUUUUUUUAAAAAAAUAUGGGGGGAGUAUUAGUAGUAUCUUUUUAAACUUUAAAUUAUGUGUAAAUAAUAGCCAUCUUUUUUUAUCCUUUGUUGAUUGUUUUCACAUUUGGGGUUUAGUAUGAAUGUGUAAAAGAAAUUAGAAUCGGAAAAAUAUUUUUAGGCAUAACUUCAGCCCCACAA